AUGGAAUCCAUGACCACGCGUCUGGAGAUCAUGACAAUUGUCCAAUAUGUCUCCAUAGCUGGCGCGGUCGUAUACUUAUACGACUUGGCGCUCACGUUUGGUGCGGAGUUCUUUUGGAGGGCAAGGAUUGGAUGGGUUGGAAGACACCUCUUCCUCUUUACUCGGUACUCUCCUCUCCUCGGAUUCUCAGCCGGUCUUCUUGAUUUAAAUCCGUUCGUUGCCCAUCUGUCCGAUCAGACGUACGUGUAA